AUGGAUCCACAAGCCGAUCACAAUCAGUCAAAGCCAGGUCGAGACCAUCAAGUCCAAAGAGACUUGCAUCACAAUAUACCACGACUACGCAGGGAGCUACAGCCACAGUCACAGCCAAUCCAAGUACAAAAAGACUGGCCUCAAUAUCCAGGGCGAGAACUACAAGACCUUCCAUUUGAGCAAUCAACUCAGAGUUAUACCGAGCUAUUUUCCCAGCAGCAUUAUCCUCAGGCAGAUAAUAAUAUAGACGAGAAACAACUUGCUGAACUAGAGGAACAAAUCAAGCAAGAGUACAUCCAACAAAAUCACCAAAGGCACUGGUACUAUGCUCGAUUUUGUCACUACUUUGCAAAACGACGUAUAGAGCAAAUCAAUCUUCCAGAUUAUCAUGCCUCACUUCUGAAGCUUCGUCUUCAAAACCAAGGUGUGAGUCAACGAUCCCACCCUAAAUCCACGGACGGUCCAAAAGUUGAGGACUACUUCCGAAGAUUAGAGGUUUUUUUGACGGCAAAAGGGCCAGAAAAAUCACAGGAAGUGUUCAGCAACACGUGGAACGCAUGUCACAGUCCCCCUUAUCCUAUUUUUCCAUCCGGCGGUCCUGCAUACCAGAACAAAGUAGCCAGACUCUAUCAAAUCGAUAUUGAAUGCAAAUUGAAGUUCUACACACUCCUCCAAGGUGGUUUGAAUGUUUACAAAGUCUUUCAACAGUCAAACGAUCAUAGUGAUAUUGUUGGAUGGUUUCAUCCACAUCAAGAAAGACAGCAUCAAUUUGUUACGGUCGAGACAAUUAACGAACCCUUCACCUUCACGAUCCCUGACAGUUUCUGGCCUACUUUUGAAGGAACUCAGAUAGAAGUCAACUGCUUUGUCGAAACUACAUCAAAGAUAAAGUACUUUUUUUGUUUUGAUCCUCCAGUGGGUCUCAACGAAAUACCUUUCUGGAAUCCAGAAACCAGAUUGAAGGGCUUAGGGUCAGGCUCUUCCUCCAACGGGAAAGAGACUGUUAGACGAAGAUCAAUGUCUCCUAAAAAGGCUGCUAGGAGCCUAAAGAAGAAAAAUAGUAGUGCGAAAUUUGGACGGGGUAUGGAUGGCUCGUGUUCCAAUGAAGAGGUGAAGAAAUCGAGUCCGAGUCUAAGUCCCAGGAGAGAUUCGGGAAUAGAAUCUGAAUUGGCAUCUAAAGACUCGAUUCAUACCAUCACACCUUAUGAUGUUGAGGAAGACAUGGUUAAGCCUUUGAAUGUUGAAUCGCUUAGCAGUGAUUCGGGGGAUACCGAUGUGGACACUAUUGGGGAAGUUGAAAAUGUUAGUGGUUUGGAAAAGGAGCAGGAAAAGAAGAUGGAUGAGAAUCUUGACCAUGGCUUGGAAGCUUUCUUAACUCCAAUAAAGUCAAAAGGGGAGGAUGUUCCCUUCAUAGAUACGGAUGAUGCGAAUGGAGAGGGCUCAAAUGAUUUUUCUCUGUCAUUAAUUGGGCUCGGUUGUAUGAUGGCGAGUAAUAACAAGCUUUUUCGAGUGGGGAAGGGGAAAGAAGAGAGACAAGUUGAAACCCCAAACAGGGAUUCCAACGAUGAUGCAUUCGUUACGAAUAAUCUAGUUGGUAUCAAGCGAAUGAGUCCAAAGGAUUUACCACGAUUGAACACCAUCGGGCUUGUACGAGAUACUUGCCAGCAACUCGCAAGCACCGGAAGCGAAAACGAGCUGGAAAGACUCCUCAGCCGAGAGCAAGGUUCCGAACAUGAAAGUCCAGAUGAAUACUCACACAUUGGUAUUACACAAGAGAAUUUCAAGACCGCAGAUCUUACUGGAAGGGAUGCUACAAGUAGCCCCGAGAGCGAAUGCGAGCUGGAAAGAAUCUUCAGCCUGAGCCGAGAGCAAAUUUCGGAACCCGAAACUCUAGAUGAACAUUUAGCCGAUGAACAAAUCUCUGGUAUCAGAUCCCUUGACAACUUCUCAGACGUAUCAGAAGAGAAUAGACGCGACGCAAGCAUCCAAGAUUUCUCAUUCAGAGUACCAUAUCUAGUACGCAAAGCCGGAGUAAGUGUCUCUAUUUCUCCACCUCGUUUUUGCAGAAGCGAUGCUCCGUCACCUAGUGCAGAGAUUCUGGGAGAGGUGUGUUCACUCAAAGAGACGGAGUUCUGCGCCAGUGGACUUAAGAAUACUGUUGUAGAUGAAGUCGGUAGGAGUGUUACAUUGGGGAGCUCGGAGGAGAGCUUGGAUGGCUCGGCUCAGAUGGAGGAUGCAUGCAUGUUUGCCAGUCUGGAGGGGGUUUCAAGUAAUUGUGGAAGUGCCAUAUCGUGGUCAGUGAUGAGAAACAUAAAGGCGGACCCCUUUAUGGUCAAAGAUUCUGAAGUCGGCUCCUGUUCAGAUGUGAGUGUCGAUGGUUUGACGGGGGCGGGGGCUGAGGCUGAGGAUCAGUUUGAUGGAAUUCAAGUAAAGGUCAUCUCAUCUUCGCAACGUCGACUUCGAGAUACCGAGCUGGAUUUCCCCAGUAUUGAGAAUUAUGAGGCUCUCCCAAUUUACGACGAGAGCAUCGACUCGAUCGAAGUUGAGGAUGAUGGUGAUAUUGUGAGUUCCUCCGAGAGAUUUUCACCUAUUACUCAAGGAGUAUUGUCAUCGAUGACACCUAAACAUUCUGUCCCCUACGCUAUCAAAAACAAUCGUAUACCUCCAGCGAGUUACCACGCGAGUAUCUACAGUUCGCUUAGACCUGAGUAUGUGGAGACUUUCGAUGGCAAUUCGCCGGAAGAAAGUUUGAUUGGAGCAGAAGGAUGCAGUGAAGGUGAAAGUGAAGAGGAAAUGGGAUAUAUCGAACCGCAAGACUUCUGGAUGCAAGCUUGUAAGGGAAAGAUGAUUAGUAAAACCGAGAGGGAGGUGGAUACGGAGACGGAAGUUGAGACUGAUGAAGAAGAACGACAAUAUCUUCUGGAGAUGGGUCGAAAUAUGAAGAAGAGAAAUCCAGGGUUACUUGGACCGACGGUUGAUGAGGAUGGGAGAGUGUUGAUGGGAAUCUCUCCGGCUAGAUUUGAUGGAGCACCGAGAACUAUACGUCGCUCGAUUCCUCAGAUGGAUGGUCCUAACUCACCACCAUUGUUGGAAGUUGAUUCAGGUCCAGCUGAACGUAUCUGGUCGCCAUCACCCCGUAAGAAACUCCAAAAGGUUAAUCGAUCGAAGUCACCGAAUUCGAUGAAGAAAUCCUCGAGUUCUUCGUUGGGGAGAAUUUUUCAGAAUUCGAAGGUUGAGGGAAUGGAGGGGGAGAUUAGAGAUUUAAGAACAGAGGUUGAGGAAUUAAAGAAGAUGGUUGAUAAUUUGGAGAGGGAAUUGAAGGUGGUGAAGAGCAUUGAGGAGAAUGGAUGUGUGGCUGCGGAGAAGAUGAAAAGGAGGAUGAAUGAAGUUUGGGGCGCGAUUUAUGGGAAGGGAUGGGAUGGAGAGAAAAUUGGUGAAGUAGGAGAGGAUUGGAAAGAUAGGGAUGAGGUGGAGUGUACGAGAGAGGUUAGAGAUGCGGGAUUGUUGAGAGUUGUGGGGAGAAUGAAGAGAGAAAUGAAUGAGAAGGGGGAGAAGUUUAAGGAAAGUGAUGAAUUCUGGAAGGAGAGAGGAAUCGAACCAUACGAGAUGGAUUUGAUGUUACCGAUUCCGACCGAGCCUGAGUCACGUAGGAAUAAGGAGAAAGAAAAAGAUGAAGAUCCCAUGAGGGUGGAUACCAGUACUCCUAUGGAGAUACCCGAGGAAGAAGUUAGUAAGUAUGUGGCAACGAGUAAAGGUUUGGAAACAAACGAUUCGCUCACGUCGCAAUAUCUGGAAUUCGAAGAUGCUAUCAUUAGCGCCUCCUCGAAUCUCAAACCAGAAGAAGAGCUAUCCAUGUGGAAGAAAGAAAAAUUGGAUCUUCGGUAUCAAAGGAAGAGUUUGGAAAAUGAUGUUAGGAAGUUUAGGUAUAUGGUUAAGGAGGCGUUGGGGAUUGAGCUUGAUGUGGCAGGUUUGGGGUUGAGUUCGGGUUUGGGUUCGAGUUUGGGUUCUAGGGCCGAUGGGGCAGUAGCAGUAGAAGUUGAUGGAUGUGAGUUUGAGGAGAGUGAUGGGGGUGAUGGGGAGAAGGGGAGGGAGGAUUGGAUGUUGGAGGAAAUUGCUGAGGUGGUGGAGGAGGCGCCGGUGGAGAUAUCGGUGGAGAUACAGAAGGAUAUUGGGAGGGAGGUCAAAGAGAUGCUGGAUGAUGCGGAGGUGGUUGAUUUGAUGGUAUCUUCACCGUUACCUCCUUAUCCAGUUCAAGCGAUUGAGAGAAAUCUUUCAACGUUUCCUCAACACCCUCUUACGCUUCAAAGAUCUGAAGAUUCAUCGAUUUCAUACCGUGGCGAAUCUGAGGAGAUUCCCGUGGAGGUCGAGAAGCAAGUCAAGAAGAUGCUGCAUAACGUAUGGGUUCAGAAUGUGGCCAAGAUUAAAAGGUUUGAAGAAUUACCUGAUACUGAUCAUUCGUUGGGCAGAUAUGAUCCGGUUGUUAGAAUGGUAUUGUGGAAUAUAAUCAAGCGGAAUUUCUCGAGGGAAGAAAUUGAGAGAAUGAGAUGGGAUGUUUCGAAAGAGGGAGGAAGUGGAAAGGGGAGAGCAAUUUUUGGCGACUCGUUUGAGGAGAGGAAGAUCAGGGAGGGAACUGGUGAUCAACAAGAAUCAACACAGCUUUCUGAAAAACUUGACGAGGGGUGCAUUCCUGAUAAGGGGCCCAAAUAUAUUGAGCACUUGGCGUAUCUAAGCAAAGCAAAACGCACAAACAUAAGCAGGGGAAACAUAAACCGUGGUAUGAGACCGAUUGAGGGAUGUCUUGGACUCGUGGAUAUGAAUGGGGGAGAAAAGAUUGGUAGUUGGAAGCCGGGUAAUGCAGAAAUGAGGGAAUUGAUUGAAACUGGAGCAAUUUCCGCGAGAGAAAUUGGUGGGGGGAAAGGAAAGGGAAAGGAGAUGGAGGGGGAAAUGGAAAAGGGAAAGAAAGUCGAUUCUCUUCAAGAUGAAAUUGCUAAGGGAAAAGCUAAAGAAAAAGCUGUAGAAGAAGCUGAAGAGAAGAAAGUGGAGUAUUUGAUGAGACAUGUUUUGGGUAGACAGGAGGUGGAGAGGGCGAGGAUGGAGGAAUGGUGGGAGAUUGAGCGGGGGAGGGAUUUGGAGGAGAUUAGGAGGUUGGGGAGGGAGGUGGAGGUGUUGAGGGGAGAGGUUGCGAAUUUGAAGAUGGGGGUGAGUGGGGUGGGGAGGGGAAGGGGGAGGACGAAUAUGAGGAAGAGGGAUGUUUGUGGAGAUGAGGAUAGUGGGGAUAGUGAGGAUAGUGGGGAGAGUGGGGAAGAAGAUGGAGAGGGAGAGAGAGAUGAAGAGAAUGGAUAUGGAGGUGGAGGUGGUAACGCAUAUGGAAAUGCAAACAAAAAGGGAUUUUGGGAUUGGGUUGGCGGUGGGAUCUUAUGGAGACAGGAUUAA